AUAUCAUGCACACUUAUCAUCACACCCAAUCUUCAAUAGUAGAAAUUAACUACCAUGAUUUCAUCAACAACCAACAGCCAUGUCAUCUAUUUGUGUACCUUCUUGGUUUGUUGUUAUUGCUACUUUUGUUCAGCUAAAGACAAUAUAACGACCAGCGACGAACCCAUCAAAGACGGUUUCAACUUAGAAUCCGAGGGGAAGAAGUUUCAAAUGGGCUUCUUUUCACUUGGGAAUGCAUCGGAAGUUAGACGAUAUGUGGGGAUAUGGUAUAGAAGGGAUCCAAAGACGGUUGUGUGGGUUGCUAACCGUGAUAAACCAGUGCCGGAUUACACUGGAGUCCUCACUGUUGCAAAAGAUGGUAACUUUAAGGUGCUAAACAUUAAAGAUGAUGUUUAUUUCACGACAGACACAGACACAGAUAAAGCAAAUACGGAAAGAAAAUCAUCAUCCCCGAACUUAGUCCUUGCAAUUUCUAUUGCUAGUUCAGCUCUGAUUCUUUCACUACUUUGCGGCAUUGGCUAUAUGACUUAUAAACGAUUGGUGAAUGGAAGAAACAACAACCAAAAUAACAGAGAGUCCCACUCUCAUAAUAUCAAUGAGUUACUUCAUCUCGAUGACUCUAAAGAAGAUGACAGAGAAGGCCUCGAUGUGCCAUACUUUGAGCUGGAACGCAUAAUAGAUGCUACUAACGACUUCUCAGAGGAAAAUCGGCUUGGGCAAGGUGGUUUUGGGCCUGUCUACAAGGGUAUGCUUCCUGGAGGCAAAGAAAUUGCAGUUAAGAGGCUGUCGAGCCUCUCAGGACAAGGAUUACAAGAGUUCAAAAAUGAGGUUACACUGAUAGCCAAACUUCAACACAGAAAUCUUGUUAGACUACUGGGAUAUUGCAUCAGGGGAGAAGAAAAAAUGCUACUUUAUGAGUACAUGCCAAAUAGAAGCUUAGAUCUAUUCAUUUUUGAUCAAACACUUUGCGCAUCAUUGGACUGGAAAAUGAGAUUCGAUAUCAUUAUGGGAAUUGCUAGAGGACUUAAUUAUCUUCAUCAUGAUUCUCGGUUGAGGAUUAUUCACAGGGAUUUGAAGACAAGCAAUAUUUUGCUAGACCAGGAUAUGAAUCCAAAAAUUUCGGAUUUUGGUUUGGCCAAGAUAGUUAAAGGAAAAGAUAUUGAAGAUAUCACCAACAGAGUUGUCGGAACCUUUGGUUAUAUGUCUCCUGAGUACGCACUUGAUGGUGUGUUCUCUAUUAAAUCUGAUGUUUUUAGCUUCGGAGUGGUAUUGCUUGAAAUCUUAAGUGGGAAAAGAAACACUGGAUUCUAUCAAGCCCAAAAGAGUAUAAGUCUUUUGGGGCAAGCCUGGAGCUUAUGGAUAGAAGAGAGACCAUUUGAGUUGCUGGAUCAAACCCUGAUGAAAUCAUGCAAUUCAAGUGAGGUAUUGAAGUGUAUGUGUGUCGGACUCAUGUGUGUACAAGGAGACCCUGACGAUCGUCCUACGAUGACAAAUGUGGUUAUGAUGCUUGGAGGUGAUAUGUCCACCCUCCCAAAUCCAAAAGAACCAGCGUUCAUUCCAAGAAGAGACAAUGCUACUUCCACUUCCACUAGUUCGUCUAAACCGGAUACGCAAACUAAAAACAUGUCGACCAUUACAGAGUUAGCUGGGCGCUAACCAGGCAUUUAUUUCAAAUAUGGUUUCUCUAAUACUUCUCCUUACAUAUUGAUGACAAUAGCUUUUUGUGAUCUGUAAUAAUGGUUUUUGUGUGAUAAAGCUUGUUGUUGGGUAAUUUCUCCUUGUAUAACUCAAUAUUUAUGAAGUAUGAACUCCUGUAUGUGGAGUUUAUUAUGCAU